UCAGUCAUGCGUCCGACACUCGUACUGCUUGUUAUCACUCUAUUUCUCUUGGCGGAAAGAGGAGUUAGAGGUGAAACAAAUGCCAAAGUAAACGUACAGAGGACAGCCUUGGAGCAUGAUGUACCACUUAAGUCGGUUAAGUCCGUCGAGGAAGGGAGAGGUCGACUGAAAAAGGGCCUCCUUCGCAGGCUCGCCCUUCCGCUGCUGUUACUGCUGAAACUUAAGGCAGGAGUCACGGUGCCAGCCCUGUUCGGCAUCGUCGCCUUGGUAGCUUUCAAGGGUCUCUGGUCAGGGAUGACGGCCCUGGCAGUCGCAGCUGCCCUCGCUGUCAGGGGUCUCAUCCCACCGCCGAGGAUCGUCCAGCUUCCGCCGGCCCAUCCGCACCAUGCGCUCGUCACCGACUACUACACCGAUUACAGGCGGGCCGACGACAUCUCAAGACACGACGACUACAGAUACGGAUAUCGAUAAGGAUCAUCUAAUUACGGAAGUUUUACCCAGUAUUAAAAUGUACCAAAGUAUUUAUUUUUUUAUAACAAACACAAAUUAUUUAUU